AUUCUGGCUCAGUGUAAUCUUGAUCCCAGCUGCGUGAGGAGCUUGACGCAGUUCUAACCUCUCGCUCUUGUUUACGUUCAGCCGAUGACAUUCGCAAUCAAGUCAAUUAGAACAAUUGUUUUUAAUUGAUCUUAAGUGUAUUGCUCCGGGAACAACAAGUUACUCGAAUACGAGGUCGCGCAAUUUGACAUUAUGCCUCUUGGUUUUAAGGAACAUGUAAUUUGAAUGAUUAUUAUGUUGUGGUCUUGUUUGUGUUGCGCGCAAUCAUGAGAUUGGUGUUUUUGAAGAUGUGCAAUUUCUGGAAGACCUCGUUAUCGUCGCAAUUGGUCCUUUUGGGAUGUAUGGUCGUUUUGUCUUCUGCCUCUAUACUGGGCGAUGAGUGCGAUUGGACUGGAAGUGGACUCUCUACAUCAACUACUGAAAGAGGAGUCACCCCAGUCUACCUAAGAUGUCGCACAGGAAGAAUAACAUGGCUGUAUCCCAGAGGAGCUCUUCGGGUACUUCUUCGUCUUCCAGGACAGGACAGGGAUUUCCGAGCCUGCAUUAAGGUCCGAGAAGACGCCAACAAGCCUUCGGCGCGAUUGUUUCUAGAAGGACCCAGAUCUUUGUUGAAACUCUAUUCUCACAACGACGGAAGCACGAAAACAAUUCGGUGCUUCAAUAGCAAAAAGGGACAAGCUGCAAUCUAUGUUGAAGCUUUGGAGAAUGAUGGUGUCUCGAAAAUUGUAGCUGACAUCGAGUAUGAUCUUCAACCUCUCCCUAGAGGAAUACAUUCCUAUGAUCCAAAUGAAGAAUGUCGACCAUGUACAUCAGAAGAAUUAGCUCAUGCAUUUUGUACUAGUGAUUUAGUUACCAGAGGCAUAAUUCACGGAGUAGAACAACACCACACCGAAGAAUUGUCGCAGAUGUCAGUCAAAAUCACGAAACUCAUCAGAAACACAGUCGAAGAAACCUUCAGCAAUAAGGAUGUUGAAACGAACGAGAUACCAGAAAAUGAGUACGAUGAAGCCGAUAAAAAAAUCACGAUAUCAGUGGCGCAGCAUUGCGGGGUGGCCCAUGGAGUUGGAGAGUUUGUCUUCAUGGCAAGAAGAAAACUUGGAGGUUUGAGGCUGCAGUGUGCUCCGAGAUUGGAAGAUUGGGCGAAACUUAUUAGUACUCUUUCUGAAGAAGGCAAAGCCCAUUGCGUACUAAGGAGCUAGAAUUCUAUGGUUCCGAAAAUAACGUGUACUUCAAAGUUGGUUGGUCUCUUUUGUGACUGGGUUCAGCGAAAGAACAUUGCGGAUUCAAAGAAUCCAGGAAGAAUGCAGACUACCCACCAAGGUUCUUCCAUUUUCAAAAAGUAAUUUCACCUUACCCUAGCAUUUUUUGAGCUUUAAAUACCCUACCCCAUAAAAGGAAAUUACUUUUUCGAUUAGUGGAAACCUACUUUUUCUGUGAUUGCUACUGUACAUAAAUUGUAAUUACAACGAAAAUGAUUUACUUAAUUUGUAAUAUUGUAUAUGAGACAAAAAGGGGACUUAAUAUGUGCAAUAUUGCUUCCAGGUUAUACCAGAAGAUUUGUCCCUCUCCUGUAAAUUUUUGUUAAGUCUCCAUAUUGGAGACUCUUAAUGUAAAGUGUAAAAAUUGUAAAGAAUUUGUGCUUGAUUUAACGUUAUGAAUUUAACAGAUUUUUAUUGUUAUUCAACAAAAUGUCAAUACGAAAUUUGUGUUCGAAAUUGAAAAGAAUUCAAGGUGCCAAAUAAAAACAUCUAUAAAUGAAGACAAUGAUAAAUAUUGUAAAUAGUUGAAAAUUAGUAUUGAUCUCAAAUACACAAAAUAUAUUCAUCCAAAUUCUUAAAGUGGUGCGGUAUUAAACUAAAAAUUUUUUUGAAUUGAUUUUAUAUUUUCGAAAUUAUUCGAAAAAUUUUGUGAUUAUCUUAUUAAAUAAUAUCAAUUAAUGGAUAUGUUUGUGAGUACUUGAAUGCCAUACAGUUAUAUAUGAUGAAAAAUGCUGUGAUAAAUAGAUUUAUAUGGAAACGAUUAUUGUAUUUGUUAGAAUUUUGAAUUAUAAACUUUUAAGAUUA